AUGGAGCAUAACCCUCCCUCGCCCUACCUCGUCAACGUCCCCCCCGAUGACCUCUUCGGUGGGACAGACCCCAACGUUGCCUCACCCUGGCGUGCAGGGAUGAGUCCGGGCUCGUGGGCGCCACCCUCCGGCGGGCCCGAAUUCACACCGUACGCGAUGCCGCCGCCGCAGUUCUACGAACCGUCGAUGCUUCAUGCCCCUCCUCCUUCGACGCCGUCGUACGACUUCCCCAUGUCUGCCCCGCUUCCGAAGGUACCUAUUCCGCGUGCGUCGGCAUAUAGCACCCAUUCGCAGCGCCGCCGCUCCGCCCGGGCCUGUGAACCGUGCCGCCAGCGCAAGAUCAAGUGCGAUGGGACCCGUCCGAGCUGCAAGCAGUGCGUCGAGAACCAGGUCAAGUGCUCCUACCUGGACGUCAAGCGAGUCCGCGAACAGAAGGAGUUGGGCGCGCUGGCAAAGAAGGUCGAACGGUAUGAGAGGUUGCUGGAAGAGUUGGAGUCGGAUGUCGAUAGUGCUAGUGCCCGGCGGAUUCGAAGGGCUUUGAGUACUGACCCCGUCUCCGUCGACGACCCCGCGUCCGACUCCGAGAAAUCCGACUCCUCCAUCGGCUCCCUCGACGACAUCGACCUCGUCGACGAGGACCUCAACCGUAGCGAGAAGACCAUCGCCAUGGGCUUCUUCGGCAAAAACUCCGAAGUCUCCUGGAUGCAGAAACUCGAAGACGAAGCCUCCUCCCGCAGCCAGGACACAGCCCCGGACAACGCCCACCCAGACCAGCAGCCCCGAGGCUCGCCGCACGACCAUCCCCACCACAAACCAGGCCCGUCCAUCGCAACAAUGAGCUACCACCUCGACGACCUCAGCAUCCCCUUCCUCGACCACGUCGACCCCCACGCCCUGCCUCCCAAACCCCUCGCUGACCGCCUCCUCCAAGCCUACAUCGACUUCGUCCACCCCGGUUUCAACGUCAUUCGCAAAUCGACCUUCCUCGCCCAGUACCACCAGUUCUACCACCAGCCGUCCAACCCCCCGCGCCGCUGGCUUGCCAUCUUGAAUAUGAUCUUCGCGAUUGGGUGUCGGUAUUGCUGCUUGACGGGUAGUGAUAGUGCAGAAGACCCUGACUGCAAUGAUCUGGUUUAUUUGACCCGCGCUCGCAAGUUGAGUUUGGGCCCGAAUGUCCUGUUUGAACAUGCCGACUUGCAGCAGAUUCAGAUCGAGUUUUUGGUGGGGUUUUAUCUGGUUGCCAUGGGGCAGAUCAAUCGUGCUUUCAAAUUUUCGAGUCUCGCUUUCCGCUCUGCCCUCUCCCUAGGGAUCAAUCUCCGUUUCGUUGAUGAUCGCACCCACCAUGCCGCCAAAGAAGCCCGCUCCCGGCUCUGGUGGUCCAUCUACCUGCUGGAGCAUCUCCUAACCACCAUGACCGGUCGAGUGUCCUGCGUCGGGGAAGACCUCAGUGCCGCGCCCCUGCCCAUCCCCUUCGAGGAGGAAGACUUUGGGCGCGCCGACGUGCAGCGGCUCUUCCACCACCCAGAGGAGCGCGCCCACCGCCUGAAGCUCACGCUCCUGCAGACCGACGAAGAAGCCAAGGUCAGCGCCGAGUGGCUCUCGCGGUGCGAUCCCAGCGCGUCGCUGUUCUUCCACUGCCUGGUCGACCUCGCCACCAUCACCCAGGCCAUCAGCACCAAGGUCUACAGCAUCCACGGGCUGCGCGAGCGCUCCAGCAAAGUCGAGCGCCGCAUCCGCCGCUACAGCCACUCGCUCGACCUCUGGCUCGCCAAGGUGCCCCCCGCCUACCGCUUCGACCCCGUCCCCCCGUCCUCAGAGUCGGCCACCACCCGCCCCACCGCCGGCCCGACGUCCGCCAACGAGCGAGAGCGCGUCUCCCUCGCCAUCAGCUUCUACUCCUCCCGACUGACGCUCUGCCGCCCCUGCCUCACCCACACCACCUGGCGUCCGGGCCCGCAAGACUCCGGCAUCGAACCACCGGGUCGACUGCCCUCGCGCGCCCAGCUCCGCUACGACCUAGCGCGCACCUGCCUCCAGUCCGCCUGCAGCCUCAUCUCCAUCCUCCCCGACACGCCAGACAUGGAAUGGCUCGCGCACACGACCCCCUGGUGGAGCAUCCUCCACUUCGUCAUGCAAGCCACCACCGCGCUCCUCCUCGGCCUCAGCUGCUGGCCAUCCCACGGUCACUACAGCGACGGCGGAAGAAGCAGAAGCAGAAGCAGCAGCAGCAGCAGCACCGCCCGAGCCAGUCGCAGCGACAGCGGGCCCCGACACGACCUCCCCAACCAACGCUUCCCCCACCUCUCCGGCACGACCGCGUCCUCCUCCACCGUAACACCCUGCUCCGGCUCCGGCUCUACCCUCAAAACCAACACCGGAACCGGAACCAGCACCCCCAACACAAGCAUCGGCAGCGCCAGCCCCUCUACCACCCGCCCACCCCCCAGAAACAACCCCCCGCGCCGCCUCAGCUCCCUCUCCAACGCGACCCCCACACCAGACCAACCCCAGUAUCAAACCCAAGACCACCGGUUCCAACCCCCCGGCGGAAGAGGCCACCCCGGCGACGAACUCUCCAUCCCGUCUCUCACAAAACACACCAAGAAAGCCUUCGUCUGGCUCCACGCGAUGGGCUGCACGACGGCCGCCGCGCGUCGCGCCUUCCUCCUCUGCGAUAGCUUUCUGAGACGCAUUGCGCCGAGUAUAGGCCUUGAUGUCGGCGAUUGGCCUGGGGUGGGGUCGUUGCCUGUGCAGGCUGGUGGGGCGGGGGAGGCUAUGGGGUUGGGGGUGGGGAUGGGGAGGGGGAUGGGGAGGGGGGGUAGUGUUGAUGGGGGUAGUGUUGAUGGGGGUAGUGUUGAUGGGGGUAGUGUUGAUGGGGAUGGUGUUGAUGGAGAUGUGGGAUGA